AAUUCAAUUUAGCAUCUUCGUGGUGGAAAGAGAGAGAGAGAGAGACAGAUAGAGAGAGAGAGAGAGAGAGAGAGACCGUUACUUUUCAUCUCAUCUCUGCUGUAUCGCCGGAAUUGCAGUUCGAUCUCGCCGGAAAACUACCGAUCCUCUCGUCGCCGCCGAGCAGCGAUGGUGAAUCCCUUGGUGGAGCGUGCCACAAGCGACAUGCUCAUCGGUCCUGACUGGGCUUUGAACAUCGAGAUCUGUGAUAUACUCAAUCGUGACCCUGCGCAAUCAAAGGAUGUUGUUAAAGGCUUAAAGAAGCGGAUUGGAAGUAGAAGUUCUAAAGUUCAACUUCUUGCACUAACUCUUCUUGAGACAAUCAUAAAGAAUUGUGGGGACAUUGUCCACAUGCAUGUUGCAGAGAGAGAUGUUCUUCAUGAGAUGGUGAAAAUAGUAAAGAAGAAGCCUGAUCCCCGUGUCAGAGAGAAGAUAAUGAUUCUCAUAGAUACUUGGCAAGAAGCUUUUGGUGGGCCAAGAGCAAGAUAUCCACAAUAUUAUGCUGCGUACCAGGAACUACUGCAUUCUGGGGCAGUAUUCCCUCAGAGAUCCGAGCAAUCUGCACCUGUAUUCACACCACUCCAAACACAACCAUUAACAUCAUACCCUCAAAAUAUACGAGACUCUGAUGCUCAGCCACACACAGCCGAGUCCUCGGCAGAGUCUGAGUUUCCAACGCUAAGUUUGUCUGAAAUUCAGAACGCACGUGGUAUUAUGGAUGUUCUUGCAGAAAUGCUCAGUGCUAUUGAGCCUGGUAACAAAGAAGGGCUUCGGCAGGAGGUUAUUGUUGAUUUAGUGGAGCAAUGUCGAACAUACAAGCAGAGAGUGGUGCACCUCGUUAAUUCAACAUCGGAUGAGUCGCUGCUAUGCCAAGGACUAGCUCUGAAUGAUGAUCUGCAGCGUGUACUGGCAAAACAUGAAUCCAUUGCUUCAGGAACUCCUGGUCAAAAUCAUACUGAGAAACUGAAUCCUGCACCUCCUGGAGCUCUUAUAGAUGUUGGUGGUCCCUUGGUUGAUACUGGAGAUACUAGUAAACAAUCUGAUGAGAGGUCUCCUUCUGGUGCUGAAGGAGGGUCUCAAACAUUGAAUCAGUUAUUGCUUCCUGCACCUCCUACAUCAAAUGGUUCAGCUCCCCCCAUUAAGAUUGAUCCCAAAUUGGACCUGCUCAGUGGUGACGACUAUAACUCACCAAAAGCAGACAAUUCACUUGCUCUCGUUCCUGUUGGACAACAACAGCCUGCAAGUCCUAUGUCUCAGCAGAAUGCCCUGGUUCUUUUUGAUAUGUUUUCAAAUGGAAGCAAUGCGCCUUCUGUCAAUAACCAGCCAACUAAUGUUGCUGUGCCGAACAGUCCAUUAAGCCCCCAAUUUCAACAGCAGCAAACUUUCAUUUCUCAAGGUGUAUACUACCCCAAUGGAAGUAUGCCAAGUGUGGGGUCACCUCAGUUUGAGCAAUCACCAUAUGCACAAAGCACUGGUCCUGCCUGGAAUGGCCAGGCUGCACAGCAGCAACAGCCACCUUCACCAGUCAAUGGUGCACAAAGUGGUGGGUCAUUCCCACCACCACCCUGGGAAGCUCAAGCCGCAGAAAACGGUAGUCCGGUUGCCGGCAAUCAAUACCCACAACCACUGCAGGUCACUCAAAUGGUUGUGACACAUGUACAAGGUGCUCCCCUUCCUCAGGGACCUCAAGCAAUGGGGUAUGACCAGGCUGUUGGAAUGUACAUGCAGCAACCAAAUGCUAGCCAUAUGUCAGCAAUGAAUAACCAAGUUCAAAGUAAUCAAUUUGGCAUGCACCCUCAGUAUGCUCAGGGUGUAGCAGCUUCUCCCUAUAUGGGUAUGGUUCCACAUCAAAUGCAGAAUGGUCCUGUGGCUCAUCCCAUGUAUGCUCAACAGAUGUAUGGCAACCAAUACAUGGGAGGAUAUGGCUAUGGUCAACAACCACAACAAGGGGUUCAAUAUGUUGAGCAGCAAAUGUAUGGUUUAUCUAUGAGUGAUGAUAGAAAUUCCUCAUAUGUGCCACCGAAGAAGCCUUCCAAGCCAGAGGAUAAGUUAUUUGGAGACCUUGUUGACAUGGCAAAAGUGAAACCAAAACCUACUCCCCCGUAGAACUGUGAUUUGGUUUGCAUUUUUCACUUGUUUGCCAACUCUUGUCCUCUUUUUUUUUUUCUUCUUUAUUCUUUUCAUUUUACUUUCACGUAUAUUAUUAUAUGUAUAUUUUUUUGUUACUGUCCCAUAUUGUGUUGCUCGUCUGGAAAUUGGUUUUAGAUUAUGUACAUUUGUUAUAGAGAAAACACUGAAACGUGAAAGUAAAAAACUUGGUUUGGCUAGAGCA